AUGGAUAGUAGAUUAUGGAGAAGAGGCAACCUUUUCCCACCAGAAGAUAAUGUUGGAAGAAUCGCAGAGUUAGUGGUGGGUAUUCCAUAUGCUGCUAUUCCUGUUAUACAGUUAGGCGCUGCAUAUAACCGUGUGAUCGCAAUCUAUUUACCGUUCAGCUACGAUAAGCUUUGCAACAAGAGAUUAGCAUUGAUGACGAUCGGAUUGGGAUUAUGUUAUGGCACAUUCAUUACUUUACACGAAAUAUUUGCAAAAUGCCGCUUUGUAUACAAUCCAAAUAUUUUAUCAUGGAAUUAUCUGGAUUGCAAGCGCCAAGUGCUAGAGCUCAAGUUCAUAUAUCCAGUAGUGAUAAUGGCAGCGAUGACGAUAUUGAUGAAUUUGUUCACAGCUACACGAGUACUCGUCGAGACAUCGGAACCACUUACCGACUGCGCUACACCCUUACUCAAAGACAAAUCCGGCACCAAUUUACCGAACCCGAACGGAUGA